AUGCGUGAGCCCACAGAACCGAAAUCGAAUCCUGACAUGCGGUUUGAGGCUCCUCCGGUUGAACCACCCAUGCAAAAUCCGAAGGCUUCAGAACAGCCAGACUCGUUGGACGAAGAGCCUUUUUCCCCCAAGCAGAACGAUGUGGCCGCACAACCAAAGUCCUAUUCUCCCAAGGGAUCCAGCCAUUCAGGAUCAUCCAAGGCGCCAGCUAACCCAAGCUCAUUUUCCGAACGUCCCAAGUUCGAGAAGGCUCUUGCACGAGUAAUCAGUCUUCUUCCGGGCGAAAUGGAAGGCAGAGACUUGCUACGCGCCGUUGAAGGUACCGGAAAGGAGAAGCUUCGCGAAAUGGGUUUGCGGGUCCGCGAGUAUAAGAAGUUCUUUGAGGCUUGGGAAGAGCUUCAUCUCACUUUCGAUGAAGAAGGCGGCAGCUACGUGCGGGACGACGUUAUCCAAUAUCUGCGACACCAUCAGCACCAGCCUUCCGACGACGACAUCGGCGAGUCCUCUCUGGCCCAAACCAUCCAUUCCUACGAGGCGUACCGAUACUUUUUGGUCAAAUUCGGACAACUGCUCUUCCCGUGGACCGCACCCUACUUCCCUGACCACAUGACUCUCCACUCUCACUUCAAGAAGGGUGGUAGAGGUAUCGUUCUGACAGCAGGUGAUGAUCAGGCCCCAUUCCUACUCACGAUUAUCCCCACGUUUCGAAAACUUGGAUGCAACCUGCCAAUUGAGAUCAUGUACUUGGGUGAUUCAGAUCUCUCUGAAGACUACCGUUCUGAUCUGGAAAGUCUGGAUGGCGUACUCACUCGGGACAUAGCGCAAAUGGUGAACGACGAGGGCUGGAAAUUGGCGGGCUGGGCCGCGAAGCCAUUCGCAAUCUUGUAUUCCAGUUUCCGUGAAGUAAUCUUCAUUGAUGCCGACAGUCUGUUUUUCGUCAACCCGGAAGUCCUGUUCGAGGAUCCGUCGUACCAGAAAUCCGGUGCUCUUUUCUUCAGGGAUCGUCUGAUCAUGCCAGAGUCGAAGAAGCGGUGGCUUCAGCAAAUCUUGCCCAAGCCCAUUUCGAGACAAGUGAAGCAGAGCCGGUUUUGGACGGGCGAUAGCGGCCACAUGCAAGAAUCGGGCGUUGUGGUGGUUGACAAGUGGCGCCACUUCAUUGCGCUCCUCCUGGUCACGCGAAUGAAUGGACCUGACCGAGAUGGAAAUAAAGAAGAAGGCAGGGUCGGCAUAUAUGACAUGGUAUACGGUGACAAAGAGACCUUCUGGCUCGGUUGGGAGCUUGUCGGAGACCAGGACUACGCUUUUCAUCAAGGCGACGCUGGCACGAUGGGCGUUGUUCAAGAGCCCAAAGAUCAAGAACAGAAGCCCAGGAUGAUGAAAAAGAAGAGGCCAGUCGUGGACGAAAACGGCCAGCCCAGACGGGACGAGAACGGGCAAGAGAUUAUGGAAGAAUACGAAGUCCCCGAAGAACCCGAGGAGCAGGAGCCCGAGGAGAAGCCCGAGCCUUCGAACUACACUAUCUGCGCUCCACAGCUUCUCCAUCUGGAUCUCCAAGGCAAGCCGCUCUGGUUCAAUGGAUGGCUGUUGGACAACAAAUUCGCCGACAAGAAACAGAAGAAGUUUGGCAAGUUUGAACACUACCUGAUCGAACCAAGGGAUAUCAGAGAACCCGGUGCUUGGCAGUUGGAGGAAAGCAACAUGUGCUGUCUGACAACUGACGCAGAAUUGAAACGAGAUUUCUCACCGGACGAGAAGGCAGUAUUGGACAUGAUGAUCAACCAAGCCAAGGAGAUUGGUGUGGCCGGGUGA